GAUUUAGAAAAUGUAUGUACAACAACAGGAUGUGUUACAGCAGGUAUGUAACCAAUAAUUUUCAUGAUGUUGUUUAAUAGCUAUAUAAUUUGCUUUUGUGAAUUACUAUAUAAUUAAUUAAUUCCGCCUGAGGUAUCAAGUUGAUGACAGAAUGGUAAAAUAUAUGUCACGUUGGAAAAGUUUUUCACUCUAAUUUUAACACUCUUAUUUUAUCCUAAGUUUGAUUCUUAUUAGUCUACAACUCUUUAAACCAGGCUUCCCCAAACUCCGGCCCUCCAGAUGUUGCUGAACUACAACUCCCAUAAUUCUACGAAUGAAAAAAUAGGCUGAGAAUCAUGGGAAUUGUAGUUCCGCAGCAUCUGGAGGGCCGGAGCUUGGGGAAGCCUGCUUUAAACCAUACCUAUAGAGGUACACUGCAGUCCUUUUGUUCGGUCAAUAGCUGUGAUGAUCUGUGUCCAAGCAAUCGCCCUGAUCCCCAAUGCAAUGCUUCUCUAAGAGAACCUCUGCAUCCAAUGCUUUUCAUAUCAUCUGAAUCGCACCCAGCAUUUGGCAUCAGCAUAUGUUAAAUAAAUACACAGGAAGUAAAAUAGAUUUAAUUACUGAAUCUAUUUUAGACUAGUGCCCCCCAGAGUCGAAAUGGCAGUCAAAUUCCAACUUUUAUCCGAUUAAAUAUGAUUGGAAAAUCUGUGGCUAAAAUAUCUGAUUUUAGUGAGCUGUAGUGGUUAUGGUGCUCAGAGUAUUCCUUAAUACUAAUGGGAAUACUUAAAAUGGCACCAUAAAGAAUAGCACUGUAAUGACUCUGUAUUCUUAUGAACAUCAAAUUAAUACACUAAAUGUAUAUUUUGAUCACCUUUUCUUACAGGCCCUUUGCUGCAUUCUGAUCUUGAAUGUUUCACUUUUAACUGUUUAUUAUUUUAAUUUGUUUACAGCUGCAAGGAUUAUUCAGAACAUGGACCCAACUAUUGAACCUUGCACUGAUUUCUAUCAAUAUGCUUGUGGUGGUUGGUUAAACAAACAUGUAAUACCAGAAACCAGCUCUAGAUAUAGUAUCUUUGAUAUCCUCCGGGAUGAGAUGGAGAUCAUAUUAAAGGGUAUGUAAUUAAAUAUCAUCUAUGUUAUUUUGGAAUUUAGGAUCAGUGCAGAUACCUUUUUAGACUAUAAUGAAAUAAUUUAUAUACUAGUUUACACUGUCAACAUUUAGUGGUCUCAAAACAGUUGUCCAACACUAUUAUAAGCAUGUCUGUUUAUUUCCAUUUAUUUAUGUCAAUCUAUUUAUAAUGUAUCAUUGUUCGUCUGCAUUUCUAUAACAUAUCGAUACCUACAUUUCUCUUUCUAUGGUAGUAAUUUGCUAGAGUCCACUGCUGGUAUUUGUGUUUGUUUCACUUGAAAGUAACCCCAAAAAUUCAUUAGCUGACAUAACUCAAUUACAAUGCCAAAAAAAAGGUAUCAUCUGGAACAAAAACACUCCACAGAAAGCCACUACGAUAGUUUUCUAAUAGGUGGCAUUAUGGUUUCACACGUGUAAAAAAGUCAGUGUUUGACAUAGAAACCAUGCCAGUGGUAGCAAGCAUAGGAUUUCAUAGACAUGUAAAUGCAGGAGCCUCCUGUAUGUAAUUAAAGUUCGAUUUACAGAGCAUGAGAUAAAAAAAACUUUUAAAGUGAGUUACAUCUGAUUGAAAGUGAAACCAUUUUGUUUUUAUGGAGUGUGUGUCAGUCAUGGCCAGAAAAGGUUCGGCAAUGGCUGCAUAAACAGAAACAAACGUCAUAUAACUCCUAAAUGACAGAAAAUUGAGCAGUGAAACUCCAAAAAACCUGCUUCAUUAAGCUAAAGUUGUUUUGGUUACUACUGUGUCUAUUUAAUAUCUGUUGAUAUUUAAUAGAGACCUAGGUGCCAUGUCUAGGUCCUCUGGCAGAAAAACAGCCCAAAAAUAUUAACGAGCCAUAUUGAACCGUGAGUAUGAGGUACUUUUCCAUAUGGCUACAUCUCUGAGCGUGUCAAACCCACCUUUGUUGUUUAUUGCCAAAAAGCUCUACUUUGGUUUCAUCUGACCAGAGAACCUGAUCCAUUUAAAGUUCUAGUAGUGUCUGGCAAACUGAAGAUGCUUGAAUUUGUUUUUGAAUGAGAGUGGAGGCUUUUUUUCUUGAAACCCUUCCAAACAACUGAAGAUGAUAGCAAAUUGUAGUUUAGGAGACUUUCUGACCCAAAGACGCAACUACCUUCUGCAGUUCUCUAGCUCAGAUCCUUUGAUAUUUUUUGGCCACUCAAACCAUCCACCACAGUGUGUUGACACAAUAUAGACACAUGUCAUCUACCAGGUUGAUUCAAAAUAAUCCCAGGUGACUGAAGCUUCCUAAUUAUUGGCCUGAUAGUCGAAAUGGACAUUUUAAAUGUGUUCCUAUUUUCUUAUAGCCACUUCUCAUUUUGUUAACCCCUUAAGGAAAGCAAAGUAUUACAAGUACAACAGUACCCCCCAUGUACAGGUUUUAUGGUGUUUUGGAAAGUUUAGGCUAGGCUCGUUAAGGGCGGCAUAGAACGGCCAUUCUUAAAGGGUUAAGCUCAACAACCUUUUGCCGCACCUCACAGCUGUAAUCCUUGGGUUUACACAUUGUAAUGAAUGACUAAGGGAAGUUGGCCUAUGUGUUACCUAAUAUGUAUACCCCUGUGAACCAGGAAGUAUGCUUAAUGGAAUUGAGAUUAUUUUGACUGACGGUGAUAUCAUGUUUUUUGUUUUUUUUUAAGGUUUAUUGGAAAUGCCAGAACAAGAAGACCGUGAUGCCUUUAAAAAAGCCAAAAUUCUAUAUAAAUCAUGUAUGAAUGAAAGUAAGUAA